GCCCCCACACACACGGCGCUAGACGGAGUCUCCACAUUCCGGUAAAGUGCGAACGCAGACAGAGACGCAGGGAGAUUUCUCCUGUGUACUGAGAAGGUGAAGGUGUGUGUUUGGUGUGUGUGUGUGUGUGUGUGUGGGUGUGUGUGUGUGUUUGUGUGUGUGUCGGUGAUCAUCAUGUCAGCCAGACCGGGAUUCUACCGUCAGGAGCUCAACAAAACAGUAUGGGAGGUGCCCGAGCGCUACCAGAUGCUCACGCCGGUCGGCUCGGGCGCGUACGGGUCCGUGUGCUCGGCGUAUGAUGUGCAGCUUCGUCAGAAGGUAGCGGUUAAGAAGCUCUCUCGGCCAUUUCAGUCUCUCAUUCACAGCCGGCGCACCUACAGAGAACUGCGUUUGCUCAAGCAUAUGAAACACGAGAAUGUCAUUGGGCUACAAGAUGUUUUCUCUCCUGCAGAAUCAUUAGAAGAAUUCAAUGAGGUAUACCUUGUCACUAACCUAAUGGGAGCAGACCUCAACAACAUAGUCAAGUUCCAACGCCUUUCAGAUGAGCAUGUGCAGUUCCUCAUUUAUCAGUUACUUCGUGGCCUUAAGUACAUCCAUUCAGCUGGACUAAUACACAGAGAUCUAAAACCCAGCAAUGUGGCUGUAAACGAAGACUGUGAACUCAGGAUCCUGGAUUUUGGACUGGCCAGGCAGACGGACGACGAGAUGACCGGAUACGUAGCAACACGCUGGUACAGGGCGCCUGAAAUUAUGCUAAACUGGAUGCAUUAUAAUCAGACAGUGGACAUCUGGUCUGUGGGAUGCAUUAUGGGUGAGCUUAUCAAAGGGAAGGUCUUGUUUCCAGGAAAUGACUAUAUUGAUCAGCUUAAGCGAAUCAUGGAGGUGGUCGGCACCCCAACUCCUGACCUUCUGAAGAAGAUCUCUUCUGAGCACGCCCAGAAAUACAUCCAGUCCCUCCCCUACAUGCCCCAGCAGGAUCUGGGAAAGAUAUUCAGAGGAGCCAAUCCACAGGCGGUGGAUUUAUUGAAGAGAAUGUUGGUGCUGGACUGCGACAGGCGGAUCUCUGCCACCGAAGCCCUGUCCCACCCGUACUUCUCUCAGUACCACGAUCCUGAAGAUGAGCCCGAGGCACCGCUGUAUGACCAGACCCCUGAGAGCAAGGACCGCACGCUGGAGGAAUGGAAGGAGCUUGUGUUUGAGGAAGUGAACAGUUUUAAAGGCCCCGUCAGCCAAACAGACAUCCAGGCCGAACAGUAAAAUUCACCAUCCCACAUUCCAGAGUUUUGACGACUCAACAAGGCUGAUGAAUUGUCUCAUUUGACUCAAGACUGGGAAUCUGAGGACCAGACAGAGAAUGAGAACAAUGCGUUCCAUAGGUGUAAAGGCGUUUGUGCGUGCACGUGUGCACGUGUUAUCUACUUAUGAAUGCUGAAAAGUAAUAUAUCCCUACUUUCUGGGAAACAUCCUACACUCCUACACGCACAAGCAACACACGAUAAUAGAGAGCAUGCUGUGUUUUUAUUGUACUUUUUUAUUACGAGGACAAUAGAAGAAGUUUGGAGCAAAACAUGGAUGUCAAUCAAACCGCAGCAGAGAGGAGAGGAGAAGAAGUUCGGCUGAAAUGUGCAUGUUUACACUGAAGGACUGAGUGAAAGGAAUUAAGGCUGGAUGAAGAGGUGGAUCAAAGAUAUUAAUGAAGCAUUGCAUCUUAAUGGUAUUACUUUAUGACGUUGGGAGUGUGUGUGUGUGUUUCAGUGUGAUGCUCUUCACAGCGGUUGCGCAAGAGUAAAGGCAACCAAAAUCACGUAUAAUAUACACACAUGAGUGACAGAUGUAAAAACAAUUCUGCAUCGCUAGUUCUUCUGUCUAAUCAUCUUUAUCUCAUUCUAUCUUCUGCUGGUGGUUGGUGAAGAUCACAGUUGGUGGUGAAGAUGAUAUGAAUCACAUGCUAUGACCUGAACAGUAACCGGAUCUCAGUUGAACGUCUUGAAAAGGUUUUUUUUCCUACAGCUGUUACUUUGAGGUUCUGUGCUUUUUGGCAUUUCAUACAACACACACCGUUCGCAUAAACACGCGCGCACACACUUAUUUACAGUAGUUCAGUGCAGGAUUUUGCAUUUCAUUAUUAAACAAAAACAACAAAAUGUACCUCUACAGACACCUGAAGGUCUCCUAUUACAUUGAAGACACUGUAUGGUCAAAAGUAUUGGGACGUUUCUGUAUCCCAUAUGUGAUUCUUCCCCAAUCCUAUACACACAAAUGUAUAAGAUGUCUUUGCAUGCGUACAGAGCCAUCUCCAGGAACAUAUGGGUAUUACUGAUGAAAGAUCUCCUACUAUAUAUAUAUAUAUAUAUAUAUAUAUAUAUAUAUAUAUAUAUAUAUAUAUAUAUAUAUAUAUAUAUAUAAACCCUUUUGAACGUCUUUAAGAUGAAUUCUUCAUGCUGACUACACCCCAGGCUUCAUCACUUCGCCUCCAUCAGUACCCUUUGAGCACAAAUCUCCACAAAACCUAGUGGAACAUCUACCCAGAAGAGUAGAAGUUAAUUAUAACAGCAAAUGUGGAAUGGGAUGUUAAAAAAAAAAAAUCUUACUCUCGGGUGUCCACAAACUUUUGCCCAUAUAGUGUACUUGUAAGUUCUCUCCAUGUGCUGAAAUCUAACUAUUCAUUAAAAUCUUCACUUUAUUUGAAACUAUUGUUCAUUAUAAAACCACCCUGCUCACCUCAUUCGCUUUUUUUGUGUGUGUUUGAGUGUGAAAUUGAAAGUGUGUCGUGUAAAUUUUUAUCUUUAUGUUUUUUUAUAUCGGUUCUUCCGCUGACUGAAUGUAUGAUAUACAGUUGGUUUGUGCUGCACCGGGCGUCAGGGUGUGGUUCUUUACACCAAACACCUUUUUGCAGAAUAAAUUCAUUUCACCAAUUCA